AUGGCUGGGAAGGGGCUUCGGAGUCUCACUGAGGCCAUGCAAGGCCUAGGUCUUUCUUCACAAUCAUGCAGAUCCACGAUGCUGAGGAGAUUAUCCCCCAUCGCAUCACGCACAAUGGCGACUACGACAGCGCCGCCCAGCCUCACCAUGCCCUCCACCGAUCACAACUCCGCCACAUCUGCCGCAUCAGGCUUUCUCCCUUUCGAACCGCUCACCACCGUACCUGUCACCAUCCACAGCUUCCCCAGCCUUGAGCCGCGCUCCCUCGAGGCAUACUCUACAAAGCACCUCUAUCUGCCCCUACGGCGGGAUAUAUUGCACCUGGCAGUCACGUACGAAGGCGACAACACCCGCCAGGGCUCAGCAAACUCCAAGACCCGGUACGAGGUGCACGGCUCGCACCGCAAGCUCUACCGACAGAAGGGCACCGGUCGCGCCCGCGUGGGUACCAAGCAAUCUCCGCUGCGCCGGGGCGGUGGCAAGACGUUUGGUCCCAAGCCGCGCGACUUCGGCACGGACAUGAACCGCAAGGUGUACGACCUCGCCUGGCGCACGGCGCUGUCGUACCGCUACCGCCGGGGGGAGUUGAUUAUCACCGAGGACGGGAUGGAGCUGCCGCUGCCCGAAGACUUCCUGGCGCUCGCGCAGGCAGGCCGUCUAGGCCGCGAGCUCGAGGACGGCUUCGUGUUGCGGUACCUGAGCCAGAUGAUGGAGGGCCUGCGGUGGGGCAAGCAGUACGGGCGGACGACCUUUGUUACGACUGAUUACCGGCCGAAUCUGUCUACGAGCCUCGACGUGGCCAAGGCGCACGGCCGCGUGAUACAUCUGAGCGACAAGGAGGACCCGCUGGAUGUGAAGAACCUGUUGGAGACGGGGCGGAUCGUCAUGGAGAGGAGUGCCCUGCGGGAGGUGAUCAACAGGCACCGGAGCGACCUGGUGAGCAGGAUUGCUAUUAAUGGUGUGCGGGACCAAGGACCACAGAUUGGAGAGAUAUUGCUAAAGUAA